AUAACUUGCAUUAUAAAGAAUUUGAUGAAAUUUAUCAACAUGAAACAAGUGAACAAUUUAAACCUUCAAAUACAAAGUUUAAAUCUAAAGAAAUAGCUUGUGAUUUUUGUGGAAAGUAUCGUUGCAUAUAUUCAAAAACUAUAUUAAAUGAAAUUGAAACACUAGCUAUUACUCAAUAUUUAGAAGAUAUUAUAUAUAGUUGUGGAUCACCAAUUGUUUCAGAUGAUCAUUUUCUUGCUAAUACUCUUCACAUACGACUUAAUUUAACAUAUAACUCACCAAUUGAACAUAAUUAUUAUUCUUGUAGACUUAAAGAUGUAGAUUUAUGUUAUUGGUGUGGUGCAGAAGAUGAAUUGCUUAAAAUCCCAUCUGAAAUACAAGAUAAUUAG